AUGGUGCAACUUUUGUUCAAGUUCCUGAUUCAAGUUGGUGCAACUUUUGUUGAACUCUCCCGUAAUGAGAUUGGUAACAAGAACCUAUUACUGCUUAUACAUCAUGCUGGUUCACUUUUGCUCUCCAUGUUUGGCUCCUUCUCUAAUUACCCUGUGCAGAAGUUUCUUGAUAUGCUUGAUGAAAGGUGUCUUACGUUGAUUGCCUCUGAGUUUGAUAGUUACUUUGAGAAUUUGGUGAAAGAUCGUGUUGGGAACUAUGUAGUUCAGCGUCUCAUUUGGGGUUUUAAACGCACCGGUAUUGAUCUUCCGCACAGUCUCACCUCCGUCCUCGUCACCCGCAGUAUUCAUUUGUGUAAGCAUAGAUAUGGUUAUCAAGUCAUUGAGGCCUUUGACAGAUCCACUCGUCUAGCUUGA